CGAAAGGUACAUUUCAGAACCUGUAAUAGGAGCCCCCACCUAGUGUGGCUUUUCCUUACCGUUCCUUCCUCACCAGAAGGAGGUGUCAACGCUGGAGUCUACUGCUGCCCUCAGAUGUGAAAGACGUUUCCAGCAUUCUUUUUACACUUUUAUAAGUGCUAAAAUCGUAAAAAGGGUUCCAAAGGACUUUUCUCUCCUGAGGAUGAUUCCUACCAGCAGUGCAUUUCCUGUGUGUGUAUCUGGGCCCCAGCCGUCCAGCACCGUGGGCAGAUAGAGAUUCCUCCCACCUUAACUUUUAUGCUUUGUUUUACAAAAGAGAAUCCCAAGUAGGUUGGAUACCAUGGCACCUUGUCAGGAAUAGAGUUGUGUGUAUUGAUGUCAGUUAAAAGGGUGAUAACAGAAGUACAUAUUUUUGGUCUAUCAAGGCCAUAAAUUACACGAAGAAUUCACCAAAGACAGCAGGUCCGUGAGCGAGCUGCUUUAGUUGAAUCGGUAUUUGUACAAGGUGACACCCUCUUUCACACCACCCACCUCUUCCCGGGGUGACUCAGCCACUGAGAGAGAAGCCUCUGAUCUGUUCAUUAACACAGGCAGGUGGAGGUGGAAACUGCACUCAGUAAACUCCAGGUAACUAUUAGUUUCAGUCAGAUCCACCUGGGGAAUCACUGCAGGCUGUUUAGACCAAAAGUUCCGGUUUUCUGCUCAAGAAAUUUGAUCCUUACUGGAAGGCAGCAUGUCCAAUUUUACCUUGAGAAAAACAUCUCCCACAGGAAAUGACGUGAAGAUUACCACUCAGGGGACUACACUGAAACAACAGGGUGUUCACGAGGUGAACAGAAGAAGGGCUUUCUUACAGGAUAACAGCUGGAUAAAGAAACGUCCUGAAGAAGAGAGAGAUGAAAAUUAUGGAAGGGAGGUACUCCACAGAUGUAACUCCCACGAUGCCUUGGACAGGAAAACAAAUGAAAAGAAGGAGCAAAGAGCCACAAUCAGUCGGUACAGAUCUGAUGACACUUUGGACAGGAUCUCAGACAGAAAUGAUGCUGCUAAAACAUAUAAGGCCAAUACCCUGGAUAAUCGACUACCCAAUAGAAAUGUGUCCACAUUUCGAUCACCAGAAGCGACAAAGACGCAACCUGGAGAUUUGUUCAGUGCAAAUGCUACCAACACCCCAGCUUCCACCUCCACUACUACUCCUAUAAAGAAAAAGAGGCAGUCCUGGUUUCCGCCGCCCCCUCCAGCUUAUAAUGCCGCCCCAAGCACAGGAGCAGGCAGAAGCGAACCAACUGUUCACCCUCCAAUACCUCCAAAGCCCAGUUCUCCUGUUUCAUCUCCUAACCAGCUGAGGCGGGAUAAUAGGCAGAUAUGUUCACCUAAGCCAAGUGUAUAUACAGAAACCAUCACAUCUGCUGAAAGAAAUAUAAGGAGUCAGGAUCUCGAGAACGUCGUCAAAGUGACCACUUCACUUCAGAAAACUAACAAGGGUGAAGAAUUGGAUAAUCUCAUCAAAAUGAACAAAAGCUUAAAUAGAAAUCAAGGUCUUGAUGGUCUCUUCAGAGCAAACCUUAAGGCAGAGCCAAUGGAGAAAAGAGCCAAAAGCCUUGAAAAUCUCAUCGUUGUGAAUACCCAGACAGACAAAGAUGCCAAAGGAAAUCGAGGCCUUGGAAGUCUAAUUAAAGUUAAUCAAAGGACUGACAAAAAUAAGAAAGGAGGUGAAGACCUUGAUAAUGUUAUCAAAGUGAAUCCCAAAGAAAGUGAAAACACCACUGGGAAACAAGACCUCAAUGGGCUUAUUAAAGUGAAUCCUGAAACAGACAAAAAUAUCAAGAGGGGCCAGAGCCUUGACAAUCUCAUCAAAGUGACCUCUGAAGUAAACAGAAGUAACCCAGGUUCCGAAGACCUUGAUAACCUUAUUAAAGUGAACCCAAGAACAGGAAAAAGCAUGCAAGAGGGCCAAAGUCUUGACAGCCUCAUCAAAGUGACUCCAGAAACACACAGAACUAACCAAGGGAACCAAUACCUGGACAAUCUUAUCAAAGUGACUCCCUUAGCAGAAAAAAGCAGUGAACAAGGUCUUGAUGAACUUAUUAAUGUAAGCCCCAGAGCUGUCAAAAACGCAGCCGGAAAUCAAGAUCUUGAUAAGCUCAUCAAAGUGAAUCCUGAAACUCUCUCCAACAACCGAAGAAACCAAGAUCUCGAUAACCUCAUCAAAGUGAAUCCUGCAGUAAUCAGGAGCAAUCAAAGCCAAGAUUUGGACAAUCUUAUUAAAGUGAAACCUUCAGCUCUCAGAAAUACUAAGCGAGACCAGGACCUAGAAAAUUUAAUUGAAGUAAAUUCCAAUAUGUCUAGGAGUAACAAGGAAAGGCAAAAUGGCCAAGUCAGUGGAUCUACUGAGGCUUUAAUAAGCCUGUCCUCUAGAACCUCUGCCUAUUCGUAUGAAGCACAGAAGAUGCUCAGCUCCAAAGCUGAAACCAGGCACACAGCACCGAAAGAUACACUUGUGUACACAAGGACGUAUGUGGAAAAUAGUAAAUCACCAAAGGAGGGAUAUCAGGAGAGUAUCUCUGGAAAAUACAUACAAACUGUUUAUUCGACUUCGGAUAGGUCUGUCAUUGAAAGAGAUAUGUGCACUUACUGUCGAAAACCCUUGGGUAUAGAAACAAAGAUGAUUUUAGAUGAAUUACAAAUUUGCUGCCAUUCCACUUGCUUCAAGUGUGAAAUAUGCAAACAACCUUUGGAAAACUUACAAGCAGGUGAUAGUAUUUGGAUUUACAGACAGACAAUACAUUGUGAACCUUGCUACUCUAAAGUUGUAGCAAAAUGGAUUCAGUAAUCCUGGAACAUGAAAAUCAAGAUGAAAGCAUGCAUUAAGGAAUUAAAAUUUGUAUUGUGAGAACAUGUAAUCUAGAAAAGCUUUUACACCAAAGAUUGACUCUUGUAUAGAAUUAACAACUCUACUAUUGCAUAAAUAAUCUGAUUGCCUCCACUAAAGUCACAUACAUAAAGGGAACCAUCUGGUGUCUGGUUAGAUUUAGAGAUCAAACAUUCAAGUGCUUCUAGUUACCAACAUCAAAAGGAAGGAUGCUUCUGAUGUCAGUGAGCAUUGUCAGCCUCGAUCGGGUCCAUCUCUGCUCGGUAUUAGGCUGUGUGUCACGGUUUCCACUAUAGACAAAUUUCCCAUUUCCCUUUGUUUCCCUAAGAAUUUGGAUUUACAAACGUUAUUGACAUCUUGACAAAACUGUCAAAGAAGCAAGAUAUGUUUCCUUUUUGUGCAAAAGAAAUGUUGAUAGAAAUUUUGGCAGAAAGAUAAAGUUUGGCAGAAAGAUGUUAACAUAUAAAGUUGUAUGGACCUCGGAAAAUCACUUAUGCUUUUCAGAUUUCUGUGCUAUUAUCUGUAACAUGAGGGGCAAUGGACAAAAUGAUUGCUGAGGUCACUUUCUGCUCCAAAAUUAUCAGAUUCUAAAGCAAGUUUUUGUUUGCUCUCUAGAAACAUACCUGAAUCUGUGUUUGUUAAGCGUAUUGAACUAGAUAGGAUAUCUAAACAAUGUACCUUUGGUAUCAUCCUUCAGUUUAUCACAGAUAUGUUUUAUAGAAUGUGGUUUAAAAACAGAAAGACCUGCAUUUAUGGGUAAUGGGUAAAGUCAUACGACAUGUAGUGUUUACAUAUUAUAAUUUGUUAAGUUUUCUUUGCAUGCAUUUCAAAAUCUGGAUUCAUAAAUGAUCUAUGAGAAAUAAUGGACUACAAAGACACGUUCUUUAGCAUGCUAUGUCUAUUCCUAUUAUACAGCACUUUAUAUUUACAGAUGGUUUAUAAAAAUAAAAUGAACUGUCAGUUACACAGAAUCUUCUUGUACAUUGUCUAUAAAUAUCACUCACUGACAUUGAUAUUGUCAAUUAUAAUGAUUAUAGUUUAUUAUGUUCUGUGCUGUGCUGCUUAACCUAAUUUUUUAACUGCUCAAGCUAUAACUUUGAUUUUUAAAGAGCUUUUUCUUAAGGAAUUGAAAAUUCCAUAAUCUUGUGAGGAACUAUUUUUAUUAGUAAGACAUUACUGUUAUUGAGACAUUGCACUUAUGGGCUAUUUUAUAUGCACAUGGCAACUGCUUCUCAAAGGAAAACAUAUGGGACAUUGAGAGAGGGAAGAAUUCUAAGGGAGUUUAAGGCAGUUGUAAAAAACUGACAUAAACUAGGGAGAUUAAAAGAUAAUCAUGUAUUUUCUAAACGUUGAUCAAUGUAAAGAAUUAUUCUUCUGUAUAAUGAUUUCAAGCAUCUGUUCCUCUCAGACACUGGCUCACAAAGUGUUAAACGCUAAAUGCUUAUCAAAAUACAGCAAUGUGUAAUCAUUGUCCUAUGGAGAGGAGCCAGAGAAAACAAUUAAUAAUAAUUUGAUAUUCAUUAAUUCAUGCUUGAUGAGAAGCGGUGGUAAUUGAGCCAUGUGUUUUAUUGUUCUCUUAUUACAUGCUAUCAGAGUGGAUCAAAAGAAAUAAUUUUCUUGGAGUUGGAAUUCGUGGCAGGAAAGGACGAAUGGAAUAGUAUCCCUCUCUUUUAUAUAAAGUGUAUUAACAUCUCAAUGCCUUUGUAGUAAUUAAAAAUCAUUUGAAUAUCAUUUUUAAAGGAUUCUACUGUUGAAUGCUUCAUUUAAAAAAACCUAAAAGGAACAUAAUUCUCACUUUUCUGUAGCUGUUUAAUGAACCCUUUCUUCUACAAUAAUGUAUUAAAUUAAACUGAAAGCUGUUGUAAAAAUGGAAUAAAUACAGAGUGGAGAGAGAAGGGCUUCUGAUUUACAAAGUUCACUUCCUUAUGUCUGGGAUUAUUUGCACCAUAGGAAUGAUAGAUUCCUAAAACAAUUUGUAAGAGAUAUAUAUAUAUUUUUGCAGCUAACUAAUUAUAUUAUGACUGGCAUACUUUUCCUGGACACAAGAGCCUAAAUCUCAGAAUAUCAGGCUUUGAAUUCUAUUACUAAUUGAGAUGUCUCUUAAAAAUAAUUAAUUCCUCCACUAUGAGAGUAUCCUUUUAAAAAAGCAAAAUAAAAAUAUAUCUAGUAAUCUUGAAAAUAGAAUUUUUUUAAUCUUUUUUUUUCUUUCACUAAGACCAAGAAAUGAAUUUAUUCAAGAAGUAAUCUGUACAUCCUUAAUUGUUUGAUUGCAAUCCCUCCUAUAAUUAGACAUGGGUGAUGAGAUGGUCCAGUUCUCACUGCUGGGGCACUCUCUGACUUGUUUACUAGGACAGAAAAUCAUGAGUGUUUGGAACAUUUUCCUACUCAGCUUGAUUCAGAACUCCGCCAAAACAAGUGACUGUUUGGUCUACGUCCAGGCAAACUAGCAAUGAUGAUGUUAAUUUUUUAUUGUUGUCGUUGUUACUACUGAAUAUACUGGUUAGUUGGUACAAUGUAAAUAAAUUGUUUUCUAGUGUUCCACCUAUUCCAUAGCACUCAACAGUUCCCAGAGGUACUCAUAAAUAUCUGUAUUAACUUGGAUAGGCCAUUUCCCUCAUGGGUCUAUUUCCUGCUACUUAAAAUGUAAGAUUCAGAACAUUGGCUCGCUACUGUACCCACCAGCCCAAACACUGCAUGGACCUGUGAAUCUAUCCCUGCUGCUUACCCCAUUCUUGGAUUCUCUCUUUUGUUAGAUGCGUAAGAGUUGUUGAAUGGUUUGCAUGUGCUACAGAAUUGCAUGUUAAUUUGUCGCGACACAACUGUUGGGCACCAUUCUGAAUCGUGUUUACUGGAUCUUUGUCCUGCUAUUUGAGGAAUAUGGCUUCGGAGAUGUAACUGAAAUGUUCAAAUGCCUCCUGAGUUAGGUAAUGGUUUCAAUUUUUUCACUAGAA